AUGCUCAGCAACCCGCACAUCGACCUCCUCGACCUCUUCCCGGCCGCCUCGACUGCCGGCCAGACGCCCCUCGUCCUCCCCGCCUCGUGCCUCGCCCUCGUCGGCCCGGUUCCCUCCAGCUCGCUCCUUCACCUCGCACUCAACCACCUCCGCCAGUCCGACAGCGACGCCCAGUCGCCCGCUCUCCCGCAAUCGACGCGAGCGCGAGGCAAGCAGCGAGCCCGGGACGACGACGACGACCUCGAUCUCUCGGCCGCGGCGGGCGACAGCGGCGAUGAAGGCGGCGGCGACCUGUGCACGAGCAGCUCGCCCGCACAGCAGCGCCGAGUGCUCAUCCUGACGCCGGACGAGGCCGCGCUGCGAGACGAGCUCGCGAGGGAGGGCGACGUCUCGCUCUUUGGCUCCAGGCGCGACGGCGAGACGGUCCGGCUCCUCGACAAGGUCGACAUCCGGUACCUCCCCUCGUCCUCCCACCUCACCUACUUCCUCUCGGCCGUCCACACCUUCUCGAGCCGCCACGCACCCGACGCCCAAGCAGCUUACCGCGACUCGGGCGCCAAGAGCCUCCUCGACCCGACUUGCCUGCCGUACGACCCGACGCUUGUUGUCCUGCACUCGCCGAGCGACUACCUCGACGAGCCGGUCAACGAGGGAUGCGGCAUCGACGCCUACGCGUCCAUCGUCGCGCACUUUCUCUCGACGGGCGCCCGCCUCGGAUCCAGCUCGCCCCUCCUCGUCGUCAUCGACCCUCUCGCAGCCCACACCUCGCUCCCGCUCCUUCCCGCACGCCUCCAGGCCAAGACCAAAACCAAGAAGCGCUCGUUCGGCGACGAGGGCGACCCGGCCCCAACGACGACGACGACGGGCGGCGACCGCAACUCGAUGGCGCUCGUGAGUGUCCUCGAGCGCUUCUUCGACUAUGUCGGCGAGGUCGAACCGAUCCCGCCAGCCUCCCCUCCCGCGCCCGAUAUCGCCCCGCCCGGUCCGCAGCAGCAGCAGCAGUCGCAGCAUCUCCUGCUCUCGUGCGCCGCCUCGCCCCGCCUGCGCACGACGACGCUCGCGCGCCCCGCGAGCGCGCACCUGCACCGCGUCGGGCUCGAGGUCGUGCUGCACCGCGUUGGGGAGGACGACGCCGAGGGGGAGGAGCCGGGCAGGACGAGGAUUGAGGUGAGAGGUGGGUGA